CAAAUUAAGCUCCUCUAGUUUUUUCUCCUUCUAAAGUCAAACCUCUAUUAUUUCCUUCUCCUUGUUCCAUUUGUCUGACAAUAUUCAUUGCAAAACUUCAAUGCUUCAAUGAUCUCCAACAACAAGUUGUUAUUAUUGGGUUAAUUACAAGACUUCGAUCAUAAGUUGGAGAACUUGGUUGGGUUGAUUAUGAUUUUGAUAACCCGACAUGGGGUGUGUAUGAUAUGAUGGAAGGAUUGGUUUACUGGAUUUUAACAUGUUUUGUGUUUUCAAUCGUUUGUUUCUUCAAUAUUGUUCAAUCAACUAAUGCACAAGGGUUUUUGAGCAUAGCAUGCUGCGUUCAAUCCAGUUUUACAGAUAAAAAUUUGACUUGGAUACCUGAUGAUCAAUGGUUUACAAACAGAAAAGGUUGCAAGAACUUGAAUCAGGGAAACCAAAGUGCUCGGAUUUUCGAGAUCGAAUGGGGGAAAAGAUGUUAUAGCUUACCGACGGUUAAAGAUCAAGACUAUCUGGUAAGGGGUUCGUUCCCUGUUGUUGAAACAGAGGGAGCUGCUGAGUUUGAAUCUUCAUUUACUGUUUCAAUCGGUAGCACGCCACUAAGCGUGGUGAACUCAUCGGCGGACUUGGUGGUUGAGGGGAUUUUCCGAGCUGCUAAUAGCUAUACUGACUUCUGCUUAGUGCAUGGAAAAGGAGAUCCCUACAUAUCGAGUCUUGAACUAAGGCCUUUUAAUGAUUCAGGGUAUUUGAAUGAUAAAUCAUCCAAUAUUUUGAAAGUGGUUAAUAGAACUGAUCUAGGAGGCUUUGGAGAGACCAGGUACCCAGAAGACAGAUAUGACAGAAUUUGGAAACCAGCAUCAAGUCUUUACUCACGAGCAGCCAACUCCACUGUUAUUAUCCACAACAAUGUGAAUACAACAGUGCCUCUCAAUGUUCUACGAACUGCUGUUACGGAUUCAACACGGUUGGAGUUCCUUCAAAAUGACCUAGAUAAUGGGGAUUAUAACUACACUGUGAUCCUCUACUUUCUUGAGCUCGAUGACAGUGUUAGAAUUGGCCAAAGGGUGUUUGAUAUUUUCAUCAACAAUGAGAAGAAAGCGGAUAAUUUUGAUAUAUUGGCAAAAGGAUCAAACUAUGGAGAGUUAGUUUUCAAUGUGACUGCUAAAGGGUCUCUAAAUUUGACCUUGGAUAAGGGAUCUAAUGGAUCUGAACUUGGACCAAUUUGCAAUGCCUUUGAGAUGUUGCGGGUGCGCCAAAGGGAUCAAGAGACUGAUUACAAUGAUGUGGUUGAGAUAAAGAAGGUAAAAGAGGAGUUGUUAAUGCCUAACAAAGGAAAUGACUUACUGGAAACUUGGUCGGGCGAUCCAUGCCUUCCUGAUCACUGGCCAGGUCUGGCCUGCAACUCCUUCAAUGGUUCCACUGUCAUCACAGAUAUGGAUCUUUCUUCAAAUCAAUUUCAAGGGUCAAUUCCUCCGAGUAUCACAAAGCUAACCCACCUGAAAACAUUGAACCUGAGCAACAAUGACUUCAGCGGCGAGAUUCCAACAUUCCCACCAUCCUCCGAUCUCACAUCAGUGGAUAUAAGCUAUAAUGAACUUGAAGGAUCUGUACCACAAUCUCUUGUCUCACUUCCCCACUUGAGUACACUAAACUAUGGAUGCAAUUCUCAACUUGACAAUGACCUGCCAUCUACCUUGAACAGCUCAAAGCUAACCACUGAUUCAGGAGCAUGUUCCAGAAAAUCAAGGGGUCCAACAAAAGGAAUUGUCAUUGGUGCUGCUGCAUGUGGGUCUGCUGUAGUUACUAUUGCUCUUGGAACCAUUUUGGUUUGCCUUUAUAGAAAAAAACUAAUGGCUAGGAGAAAAUACAAUGGGAAAGGACUCUCCUUGGCAAAGAAUGUGGUGUUCUCCCUUCCUAGCACAGAUGAAGUUUUUGUUAAGCCAAUAUCUAUACAGACAUAUACUCUACAAUACAUUGAGAUGGCCACCGAAAAGUACAAAACAUUGAUUGGUGAAGGAGGGUUCGGAUCAGUGUAUCGAGGUACUCUUCCUGAUGGUCAGGAAGUUGCUGUGAAGGUCCGAUCAGCUACCUCAACUCAAGGAACUCGAGAGUUCGAGAACGAGCUAAACCUUCUUUCGGCUAUUCGGCAUGAGAACCUGGUUCCUCUUCUUGGUUAUUGUUGUGAAAACGAUCAACAAAUCCUCGUUUAUCCUUUCAUGUCCAAUGGCUCUUUGCAAGAUCGACUCUAUGGGGAAGCAGCAAAACGUAAAAUUUUGGAUUGGCCAACCAGGCUUUCUAUUGCUCUUGGUGCUGCUCGAGGUUUGAUGUAUCUUCAUACCUAUGGCGGGCGUAGUGUUAUACAUAGGGAUGUAAAAUCAAGCAACAUACUUUUGGAUGAUAGCAUGAGUGCUAAAGUAGCAGACUUUGGUUUUUCAAAAUAUGCUCCUCAAGAAGGUGACAGUAAUGCUUCCCUUGAAGUAAGGGGCACAGCCGGAUACAUGGAUCCAGAGUAUUACUCAACCCAGCAACUAUCUGCAAAAAGUGAUGUCUUCAGCUUUGGUGUGGUUCUACUUGAAAUUAUAAGUGGAAGGGAGCCUCUAAACAUACAGAGGCCACGGAAUGAAUGGAGUUUAGUUGAAUGGGCAAAACCUUAUAUAAGGGAAUCAAAGAUUGAUGAAAUAGUUGACCCUAACAUAAAAGGUGGGUACCAUGCUGAGGCAAUGUGGAGAGUAGUAGAGGCAGCAUUGGCAUGUAUUGAGCCCUUUUCUGCUUACCGACCGUGCAUGGAGGACAUUGUUCGAGAGUUGGAAGAUGCUUUGAUCAUAGAGAACAAUGCAUCUGAGUACAUGAAGUCCAUUGACAGCAUAUAUAGCUUGGGAGGGUCCAAUCGCUUCUCAAUAGUGAUGGAAAAGAAGAUAGUUGUACCACCUACACCAACUGCUUCAGAACCCUCCACUACUAAUCCACAAACAAUGGCUCCUCCCGAGCCACGAUAGUAGGAUGAGAUGUUCAUCAGUUUAAAAUUGAUAAAUCAGCUAACUGCAAGAAUUAUUCCCCAGUUUUUUUCAAUGAAAGACCAACAAGUACCUUCAUCGCUUCCA